CCUCUUCGUCUAUCACUGCUUGCUACUCGAAUCCGGAACAUGGCGUCCCCGGCUUUGCAUCAACGCAAUGCAUCUAGAUCUUCACGGCCCCGCAGCUCAACACGCGGUCCUUUAGAUGUACCAGAGGACCCUCUUUCCCUCUCCACAUUAUCCAUCUCCCCUAGUGUCGACAAACAUGAAUUAUCUCAAAACGACGGCUUCUCCGGGCCUUCCUUCCACGAGCUGGACCCGCUCGCUCCAGACGAUCUGCCAGAAACUCUAGGCAAAGAUCUUUCCUUCCUCCUGCGCCAUAAUAUAUUUCAUCCUCUCUCACAAGUUGAUAUCCAUUCACCGCUUCGCUCAGAAUUUGUUGUCCUCAACCCUGGCGAACCCCUCUCGUCCUCACUUGGUCUCCUGGAGAGGCUACUCUCAGAAGGCCGCUUCCUAGUCGCCGCACACUUCGCCAGCUCUAUCCUAACAUCCUCUUUAAUUUCACCUACGGACGUCAGAGUGAUAUUCUCCUUGUUUUACACACGACUGGCCUGCCUCGAACUAUCUGGCAACACGGUACUCGCAGCCCAGGAGUCCAAGGCUCUGGAAGAUCUCAAUUCCACCUUUUACUACAUUGACUCCAGCUUGAACGACACCGAGGCUGAUAUACAGCACGAGAAAGCUCAUGCAAACUUUUCUCGGCACAUUGUGCCAUGGCCACUUCGAGUGCUAGCGGUGCGGCUUCAAAGCAUUGGAUUUGGGGACUCUCGCAGGAGUAUUGGUGGCUUGUAUGAGAUUGGGCUGGAAGCGCGAGGGCACAUCACGAGAAAUGGUUGCAGCGAAAGCGAACGGAAGAUCUGGAGAGAGCGGCUCGCGGACCUUGGGAUCCGAAGCGUUAAUGCACUGGUGGAAAUGGGAGACCUAGAUGCAGCGAAACGAUCACUCGAGGCUCUCCGGGCCUCUGAUGAGGAUACAGAGGCCAUGAAAUUGAGAAAAGCGCUUCUUUACUUGCGAAUCGGCGACCUCGAUGCCGCAGAACGAGUUUUCGGGAAUUCUCGCGAGUCAAAGGAGGCUGCUCUUCUAAAGCCACUUCUGAGCAUGUCCGAGGGUCGCUAUCAAGAAGCAGUGACCGAGUGGCGAGCCCUUCACGAAGAUACGCAACGGACAGAUGGGGCUCUAGUAGGUCAGAAUCUGGCCGUGUGUCUUCUCUACUCUGGAAAGCUGGACGAGGCCCGCCUACUCUUAGAGGCCCAGGUUUCCGCCCACCAGUCGUUCGGCAGCCUAAUAUUCAACCUGUCGACCGUCUAUGAGCUUUGCUGCGACAGCGCUGGGAGAUUGAAGGGUCAACUGGCUGCAAUCAUCGCAGAGCAACCAGUAUCCGGCCAGACCAAUCUAGACCGGCCUAAUACUGACUUUAAGCUAUGAGACAACUGAACAAGCAUGAAAUGACCAUCAAGCCGAAUGGAUUGAGUCCAACCUCUUUCCUAUCUCGAGUGCCAAUGUGAAUAAUACCCACUCCGUGAAUGAAUGCCAAGCCUUUAAGAAUAAAUGAAAAGUGCAACCCUGAUCACACCGAACACCAUGCAUCCGACUCCAUGCAAAGAACACCCAACGCCCGAGAAUGUGCUGUACAUCCGACGUCAGGAACCCACUGUACUCGACUGCGCAGGCUCCGGGUUCGCAGGUAACCGCGUCUUCGGCCGUCUAAUGACAAUCUUCUCGCCCUCCUUCUCCCAACCGAGUUUCUCGACAUCAACUAGCUUCUCCCACGUCCAGCCCUCGUCAUCGCCCGUGCAACCGCCCACGAUCCAACUCACAUGGACAUUGAGAUACGCACUGCCAACGGCCUUGAGAGCGUGUCUUCGUACUCGAUCCACCGCCCAGUCCAUUACUGCCUGUGUAUAAGAAUCGACCGUCUUACGUACACGCCAGAAAACGAUCCAGUUAUCAUGCAUCAAUGCGUCGAGGGCCUGGUCAAUGGUUUUAUCGGAGAACUUGAAGUCCCUGCGCGCGCGGGCACGUAGCUCAAACGCCGAGACCAUAUCGUCCUGUCGACACGCAUAGUCAAGAAUCAAGUACGUGACUAUCUCUUUUACCUCGGAGUCUGGGAGCGGGUGUGAUCGCGAAUGUAGUUUGUCGAGGCUGUAGCGCAAGGACGGAAAGUAUGAUGGAGGGUGCUGGGCGCGAAUGGACAAGCGGAUGGAGAAUAUAUGAACGCGCUGGGUGAAAUCGAUAGGUGUUUCCGAAGCCGUGGCAAGGACGGCCUCACGAAGCUUGCGCAAGGAGAGAAGGAGGGUGGACAGUUCGGACGAAGGUGGGGGGAUGCUUUUCUCCGCGGGGCUUCGUUUCGAGGAAGGCAGGGCGGCUGGGGGGUUCGAGGUCGCAUCGUUCGAGGCGCUGGUAGGAAGGGAUGCAAAUGCAGCGUCGAGAGUUUUAUGGUGAUCUGCGCAGAAUUUCAUAUAUCGCGCCACGAUCUUGUCAUAGUACUCGUGUUGAGCUUGGUAGGUGAGAAGCCUUGCAUAGUCUCCGUCAGUAACCAUGACAAUCUGAUUGUGACUCUUGUUCGGCGACCAUACUUCUUAUCACCUUUGGACACGAAUCCAACAUGUUCAAGAGAGUCCGCCAGCGGCUUCAACCGGCUUCCCUGCGCCCUUGACUGCAUUGCGCGCGUGAGGGCAGUUUCGCGGGGAUGAAGCGGGCCGCUCCUACCACAGGCUAUAUGGUCAUAGCGGCCAAUGCAGUUAUGUCAUGUGAAGAUCAACAUUGUAACUGAUUUAGUUACUGACCGCCUUCAUGGUUCUUGUUCUACGUACGGAGUACACUGUCACACCUAGAACCAUAUCGUCGUAUAGAAAAU